AUGAGCAUCCACUCCCCACCCACACUGGAGGAGCUGGCAAGGCAGGCGCUGCUGAGAAAUGAGGCCUUGGCCAUCUCUGCUCUGGAGACCCUGCCCUGGACACUCUUCCCACCACUGUUCGUGGAUGCCUUCAAUGGAAAACACACUAGGAUUGUGAAGGCAAUGGUGGCAGCUUGGCCUUUGCCCUACCUCCCUGUGGGGGCGCUGAUGAACACCUUCAACCUAGAGGUCUUACAGGAUAUGCUGGAAGGACUGGAUGUCCUACUGACACAGAAUGUUCACCCCAGGAGGUGCAAACUUCGAGAAAUCGAUUUUCGGAGCGUGAACCACCAUUUCUGGACUGUAUGGGCUGGAACAGAGGAAGGGGACUGCUCAGCAGAGACUGUGAGUGAGGAGCAGGAGGUGAAGCCCCCUCUUAGAUAUGAGCUGACUGGGCCUCUGAAGGUGAUAACUGACCUUUACUUCAGGUUCCAACUGGAUGAAAAAGAAACAAACUUCUUACAGUGGGCCCAGCAGAGAAAAGACUCCCUACAGCUCUGCUGUGUGAACAUGAAGAUUGAGUCAUUGUCCCUGGAUAAUGUCAGGAAGAUUCUGACAGUUUUCCAGCCUGAGCACAUCCAGGUGUUGGAACUCAGUAUAGAUUGGAGUUGGUGCACUCUGGCACAAUUUUCUCCCUACCUAGCUCAGAUGAGAAAUCUUCACACGCUUUCUCUAGUGCAAAUCCACAAGAACAGAUUUGGGCUCGAUAUAACAUACUUAGAAGAGAAGAACCUGAAGACGCCCUUGGAAUCCUUCUCCGUCACCCACUGCCUGGUCUUCCGGUCACACUUGAGUCACCUGUCCCAGUGUGAGCGCCUCCAUCAACUCAAACACCUGGACAUGUGUGGGGUUCUUCUGUCCUAUAUGUUGUGUAUGAAUCCUCUUAGAGUUCUUCUAGAGAAAGUGGCGAGUACUCUGGAGACUCUGGGAUUUCAGGGCUGUGGGAUAACGGACUCCCAACUCAGCGUUCUCCUACCUGCCCUCAGCCAAUGCUCGAAGCUCACCAAGAUUAAUUUUUAUUUUAAUGACUUCUCUGUGAAUGCCCUGAGUGACCUUUUCCUCCACACAGCCAACUUUACCAAGAUGGCCGUGGAGCAGUACCCUGCCCCUGUGGAGUGCUAUGAUGAAUUCGGUUACUUCUCCAGAGAGAGAUUUGUACAACUUUGCCCCGUGCUCAUGGAUACACUCAGGCCCAUUAGGCAGCCCAAGGAUAUCUCCUUUGGUGUGCUUCUCUGUGGUAGUUGUAAUAAGCGCUAUGUGUACGGCCUGGAGUCCAGAGUUUGUACCUGCCAGAGGUAA